UUGCCCAUCAUGGCGGGCGGCCACAUGAAGUACCGUGGCCUCAGCCGUUCCUCGUCUCACCGACAAGCCCUCCUACGAAACCUCGUCACAUCGCUCUUCAAGCACGAAUCGAUAACAACAACAUGGCACAAAGCCAAAGAGGUGCAGAGCUUGGCCGAGAAGAUGAUAACCCUGGGAAAGAAGAAUACAGAGGCUACGAGGCGGAGAGCGCAUCAGAUAUUCUAUGAACCUAAUCAAAUGGUUCCAAAGCUAUUUGGAUCCAUAAGAGAACGCUAUCUCAGCCGCCCUGGUGGAUACACCCGCAUCCUCCGCAUCGAGCCCGUAAAGGAAGACCAGGCCGAAUCCGCUAUCUUGGAACUUGUCGAUGGCCCCAAAGAUAUGCGCUUUGCCAUGACCGCGAAGACACUAUCCAAUAUCCCAGAAACCAAUCAUAUCAACGACAUUACUGCUAGGAAUAUACAAAAGGUCACCCAGUUCCGAGAAAAUGGCAUGAGCCAGCUGAGAAAAAUGGUGGAGACGAUGAGAGAUCGCAAGGAGCAAGGAUGGGACGAAAGAAAGCUCGUGGAACCCAAGAGAGUAUACCUCCAUGAAGCCAAAGAGUCCAGCGAAUUGCGCUACCCUAAGGAGGCGAAGGACUGGGCGAUACCUAACAAAUUCAUUCCGGAAAGUGGUGUGGAGGCACCUGCCAACACACCAAUGGACAAGCUGCAUUCAGUUUUGCACCGGAAGAAGCAAGAGAAGCGCUACCUGGAAAGAGUAGACCGUAGGAGUAAGGCGCUUGCACCAAACGCGGAAUAG